CACAUUUUGAUUACUCUCAAAUUUCUCCCGCCAUUUGAUCUGCAAGAAGAGGGAAACUUAAAAUGGACCGAUUCCAGAUUUAAAUAGUCCCGAAAAAUUUGUAGCAGUGUCCUAGAAAACAUUUUCAUGGGAAAAAUGGCUGUGGCUUCAAGUUCUGCUUCCAACCCCAGUUGUUCUCCUUCUAAGGAUGUCAAAGUAAUCAAGAGAACCAAGUCCCCAGGAGUUCGCGUCGUAGGUGGAAGAAUCUAUGAUUCUGAGAAUGGAAAGACUUGUCACCAGUGCCGGCAAAAAACAAGGGAUUUUAUGGCAGAUUGUAAGAGUCAAAAGAGGGACAAACAAUGCACAAUUAAGUUCUGCCACAAAUGCCUCCUAAACAGAUAUGGAGAGAAAGCAGAAGAUGUGGCACUGUUGGUUGACUGGAAAUGCCCCAAGUGUAGAGACAUUUGCAAUUGUAGCUGCUGCAUGAAGAAAAAAGGUCAAAAACCCACUGGUCAACUGUUUUAUACUGCCAAAGCAACUGGGUUUUCCUCUGUUUCCGAAAUGCUACAAAUUAAAGGACACGAUAAUUUGAAUCAUGAAAAGAAGAUUGCUGAAGACAUGGUUGUUUCGCCGAAAAAGUCUGGCACCCCAAAGAAGGGGUCUGUACCUGCUUCAUUACCAAAUCCAGGAAAGGAAAAUUCUUUUGAUGGAAAGUGUGACUCUAACUUGAAUUCUCUGAACAAAACUGUUUUAAUGAAUGAGAAAAAAUCUAAGAAAAUGAAACGAGAAGGAUUAAAGGAAAUCAGUAAUAGCAAUGGGGAUGUUUCUUCAAAAAAAAGAUCUUCAAAAAAGCCUAAGAUUUCUGAGGAAAUUGCUAGUAAAGAAACGUCAAAAGUUUGUCAGGAAAAUUCUGAGAAAAAGAAGCUUAAAGUCUCCAAGGAGAUUUCUAAGAUUAAGAAGCCUGAGUUUUCUGAGAAGAUUUCUAAGAAAGAAAUUGGGAUUCUUGAGACUGAUAGUGGGAAGAAGAAAACUUCAAAGACCCCUAAAAUUUCUGAGGAAAUUGCUAAGAAAGAAAAAAUUAGAGUUUCAGAGAAGAUUUCUAAGAUUAGAAAACCUAAGAACUCUGGAAUUUUGAAAAAAGAAGUGGACAAAAAUGACAGUGAAGGUGGUGGUUUUGUGAAGAAAAAGGAUUGUAAGACGUCGGUUUUAAAGAAUGAUUCCCUGAAUCUAAUCCCAGAGGAAGGAAACUGUAAUUCAAAUCAUGAGAAUGUAAGAGUUCCAGGUGGUGUUGAAAAUGGUAAUGCUGGACCCAAGGUGAAGACAGUUUUUGAUUCUCGCAACAUCAAAAAGUCUGCUACAGAACUUCAGAACCAAAAAUUUGCUGCUGAUAUUCAACUGCCCAAGGGUGCCAGCUUAACAACUGUAGCUGGAAUUGAGCUAGAUUCUGAAGACGUUGGCCAUGCAUUACAAUUCUUAGAAUUUUGUGCAGCUUUUGGAAAGGUUCUUGGUUUGAAGAAAGGACAAGCUGAGUGUAUUGUUAAAGAAUUGAUUUGUGGGCGAAGUAGGCGCCAUGGGCAAUACUUUCCAAUAGUCCAAAUUCAUAUCAAAUUGUUGUCUUUGAUACUAAAGGAUAUGGGAGAAGAGUCUCCAUCGUUAAGUUCAACAAGUAGAAAAAAUUCAUGGUUGCAGGCUCUCAGGAAAUGCGUAUCUGAAUCCAAAUGUGUGUUGAAUGAUAUUCCUUCUGAUUGUUUCGGUGAUGGUGAUGAUGGAUAUGAUAAGUUAGACAAUUUGAAAAAGCUCAAGCUCUUGAACUUUUUAUGUGAUGAAGCUCUGGGCACUAGAUCCCUAAGGAGUUGGAUUGAUGAUCAAAAUUCAAAAUAUGUUGAAAAAGCGAAAGCAACCAGAGAAAAUGUUGUUGCAGCAAAGGAUAAGGAGAAACGUUUGAAACAGAAAUUGCAAGAUGAGGUUGCUAAAGCAGUUAUUGCUAAACAUGGUGCUCCAUUGUCUAUUUCUGAGCAUGAAGCUAUUGUUUCAGAAAUAAAAAGCGAAGCAGCUCAAGCACAUUCGGAGAUGCUGGAGGCAAUGGGCAUGGUACCCCAGAAGAGACAAAGGUCUGAUGCUGUUAGAACAGAGCCUAUUUUACUGGAAGAUGGCAGUUGUGCAACUCGUGCCUUUUGGAAAUUGAAAGGCUACAGUGGUGAACAACAUAUUUUGCUUCAAGAUUUGAAGGGAGCCCUGGAUGCAGUUUCACUCAAUGAAAAAUGGUUUACCUAUGAUGUUGACCAGAAACCAGAAAUUGAGAAAUAUAUCUCUUCAUUAAGCGCAAAAAGGCUUCGGAUUCAAAAAGUUACUGACGUUGUUGACUAAGAAUGGGAAUGGGAAUGAUGAGACAAACUCAUAGCAUAGUUCAGUUGAUUAAAACAUGUCAUCUUCAAAGUCCUUGAUGAUCAAGGCAAUAUAUCAUUAUAUAAUGUUUAAUGUUUUUUUUUUUUUUGUGAUUGAGGGUGUUCGAAUCAGUUUGUACGUGUCUUAACAAAUCUCUCAGGCUCUAAAGGCAAUAUAUCAUCAUGUAAUGUUUUAUGUUGUAUUUUGUAAAUGUACUAUAUUCGAUGAUUCAAUGUUACAAUUUUACAUUAGAGA